AUGGCCCCGGCCCGGCCCCGCCCGCGGCCCCGGAGCUGCCGUUGGAGGGUUUUGAUGGAGGAAGUUGGAGGCCAGCAACGCUGCGGCUCCAUUCGGGUGCUGGAUCAGACUCUGGGACCGUCCCACAAAUCAAGGCCACGGAGAGCCGCAGCCGAGGCCCCCCGGGACCGAGACCGGGACAACCUCGGGACACGGCUCCGGGACACGGGAGCAGGAAGCUCGUGCUCCUCGCCGCCCUCGCCCUCUGCGGUGAGUCCCGCCCGGAGCCUUCGGCCUCGGCACCUCCUGACACCCUCCCUGACCCCGCCGCUGGGGACUCACGCCGUCCCUCUGUCCCCAGGGCGCUGCUCCGAGCUCGAUCUCGAUGGGAUGCAGCGGGUGGUCGGUGGGACCGAGGCGCGCUCGCACGCCUGGCCCUACCAGAUCUCCCUCCAGUAUUACUCCGGGGGCAGCUGGCACCACACCUGCGGGGGCUCCCUCAUCCGCAGGAACUGGGUGAUGACCGCCGCCCACUGCGUGAACAAUAACAUGAACUACCGUGUGGUGGCCGGCGAGCACAACCUCAACAGGAACGAGGGCAGCGAGCAGAUCUUCAGCGUCAGCAAGAUCAUCGUCCACCCCUACUGGAACAGCAACAACGCGGCCGCGGGCUACGACAUCGCCCUGUUCCGCCUGAGCGGCUCCGCCACCCUGAACAGCGCCGUGCAGCUGGCGGUGCUGCCCCAGGAGGGCACCAUCCUGCCCAACAACUACUCCUGCUACAUCACCGGCUGGGGGCUCACCCGCACCAACGGGCAGCUGUCCAGCGUCCUGCUCCAGGCCUACCUGCCCGUCGUGGACUACCAGACCUGCUCCAGCCCGUCCUACUGGGGCUCCACCGUCAAGAACACCAUGGUGUGCGCCGGCGGCGACGGCGUGCGCUCCGGCUGCCAGGGCGAUUCCGGCGGUCCCCUGCACUGCGCCGUCAAUGGCCAGUACCAGGUGCACGGCGUCACCAGCUUCGUGUCCAGCCUGGGCUGCAACGUCCUGCGCAAACCCACCGUGUUCACCCGCGUCUCCGCCUACGUCUCCUGGAUCAACAGCGUGAUCGCCCAGAACUGAGCAGAGCGGGACAAGCCCCCGCUCGCCCUCGCCCACGGACAUCCCCUGACUCCCCCGCGCCGCGCUCCGGCCUUCUCGCCCCCGAGCCGGGGCCAAUAAAAUCUCUCUUCCCGUC